AUGCACGAUGCCACCUUGAUUGACAUAUUUCCUGACGAAAGUCUGGUCAGCUAUUGUGUGUCCCCAGGAAACGUCUUUUUACUGCUACUGUACAUCACGGUUGAGAGACCACUGAGGGUUUUGCUCAGGGUAAAGAAUCUGAAAUCAGAUUUGAAGGUCACUACGUAUGAAAUUCCGAUAGAAACUAUGUCGUCGCUGGUUCCAAAAAACUCGUUCGGACUGCAGUUGGCACAGGUGUCCAAACAAACCAAAAAUAAAAUAGAGUUUGAACACUACAUCAUCGUAAGCACUGGAGAAGGACUCCAUUUUUUUACGCUGGCAGAACUUUUUUCGACAGACAAGUUCCGGCCUCGCAAAUGGCACCUGGGUUCAAGUGCCGACACAUUGACCUCAUUCAACGCAUACAAUGUUAGAGGAAACGACUUACAAGUCGUGUACGCGACGAAACUUGGAUCAAUAGUGAGGUUCAAUUUCAACAUAGAAUCAAAAACUUUUAAAAUGGUUAGCGACUACAAGGAUGCAGGCACCGACUGCAUAACCAGUUGUCAACCCUGUGAACCAGCCCAUAUUGAUGACGAGCGCAUCCAAAUUCCCGAACUAGUUUUUUCGAGCUUCGACAACUACUUAUACUCGCUGGAAGAUAAACUACAAAAAUUUCCUGUUGACCUAGCGUCGGAUAAAAACGUUCUCGUUUCCGCAUACGGAGUGGUUGCAAAGCAAUAUAGUAAAAAAGCCCUGAGGUACUAUGUGGCCAAUGUUUUAAACGGCGGCUGUUGUCUUUUCAAAAGGAGCGCUAGUGAUACCUGGGACAGAAUCCACGUCUUUGAACGUGAGACGCCAGGCGUCGGGGAGUCCUCUCCGCUGAUCAAUUGUGUGGUGACAGUCCAAGGGCGGACGCAACUGCAAAUCGCAUCGGGCAGCGAAAGUGGGAAAAUAUUCUUUUGGUGCUACAACUAUCGUGAUGAUAUUGUAACGGAAAGCCACGUAAUAAAUGUGGCAGGUGACCAGGAUAUUGUUCACAGCAUUCAAAUACUGGGGUCCUCGGUGUAUUAUAUGGUGAAUCGAGACUCUGUUGGAUCAAGUUUGAUUCCCUAA